AUGAUCACUUCUCCACUUGACGACAAUAACCUGAUUCUGGCUGGUAAUACACGGCGAAGUAUCAUCGAGCUUUCGCAGACCAUGUUCAGCAAUGAGAAUGCCGAGGAUGGAGUGCGAUGCGAGGUGCUGGAGAGGAAGCUCACUAUGGGAGAAGUGGAGGAGGCAGCGCACGAGGAGAGACUGAUUAGCGUCUUUGCAGUUGGUACGGCUUAUUGGAUCCAGGAGAUCGGUGAGAUUAAUACUGAUGGAAGAAGUAUUAAUAUCCCCUUGGGUACGACACCUCAUGUUGUGCUGUUGAGGGACCGUAUGAGGGAUAUCAUGUUUGGGAAGCUGAGCAGUCCUUGGGCGGAUAUAGUUCAGGAAGAGUAG